GGCAGAAAACAUCAAACCAACCGUAGGUCUGAGAACAAUCCAUGGCAGCUAUGCAGCUGGCCCUGCUGUGGGCUGUGUGUCUGCUGCCUGGCCACCUGGCCCUGCCACUGCCCCAGGAGGCGGGAGAAGUGAAUGAGCUGCAGUGGGAACAGGCUCAGGACUAUCUCAAGAGAUUUUAUCUUCAUGACUCAAAAGAAAAGAAUGCCAACAGUUUAGAAGUCAAACUCAAAGAGAUGCAAAAGUUCUUUGGCCUGCCUGUAACUGGAAAGUUGAACUCCCACAUCAUAGAAAUAAUGCAGAAGCCCAGAUGUGGAGUACCAGAUGUUGCAGAAUACUCACUAUUCCCAAAUAGGCCAAAAUGGACUUCCAAAGUAAUCACCUACAGGAUCACAUCAUACACUUCAGACUUAAAACCUGCUGUAGUGGAUCAAAUAGUGGCAAAGGCUUUAAACAUGUGGAGCAGGUACAUCCCGCUGCGUUUCAGGAGAGUUAGUAGGGGAACUGCUGAUAUUAUGAUUGGCUUUGCAAGAGGAGCUCACGGGGACUUCUACCCAUUUGAUGGACCAGGAAACACUCUGGCUCAUGCUUUUGCACCUGGGCCAGGUCUAGGAGGAGAUGCUCAUUUUGAUGAGGAUGAACGCUGGACUGAUGGCAGCAGUCUAGGAAUUAACUUCCUGUACACUGCAACUCAUGAACUUGGCCAUUCUUUGGGUCUGGGUCAUUCCUCUGAUCCUAAUGCUGUGAUGUAUCCAACCUAUGGAAUUGAAGAGUCCCAAAAUUUCAGACUUGCACAGGAUGAUAUUGAUGGCAUUCAGAAGUUAUAUGGAAAGAGAAGUGAUUACAGACGGAGAUAGAAGCUUCAGGGAGAAUAUUCAUUCAUUCAAUGGGUUCUGUAUCAGUAUUCCCCAACCAGAAUUAACACUCUCCCUGCACUCCACUCAGCACAAUCUCCAUCCUUUCUUGCAUUAUGGUUGGGUUUUGUAUGUAUCUCUCUCCCCCGAGGAUGAACUUUAUGUUUUGACUUUAUCUUACUCGUCUAUGAUGAUCCUCAGGCCACAUGCAAAUGGCAGAUGUCAGUAAAUGUUAUAUACACAAAUAAAUAAAAUUCGUAUUCCAUAAUAAAAUUA